AUGUUACCCCCGUGGACUGUGCUCAACCAGGGCCUGAAGGAUUUUGGAACGAUGGCAGUGGAUGUUUUCACCAGUGGUAAUAGAGAGACCUUCAAGAGAACCACUGUCCUCCUCAUCGUAUGUGUCCUCCCCAGCAUCCUCCUGAGCAUCCUGCUCCUCUUGUACCUCCUCUGUACUCUCACCUACAACCCAGCAGUGGCUGGGGGGAUCGCUGCCCUCCAUGGGGUAGUGUUGACGGUGGCCCUUUUCCUGUCAAAGAGAAUACGCUGCUUGCUCACUCUUUUGGUCAUCUCUAUUUUCACCAAGAAGAGUCGCAAUCUGCUCUUGACUGCUGGGACAAGUUUAGUGGUCCUCGGGAAUAUUCACAACACUUUGGAGAAUCUCACAGGCUUGGUCCGGAGCAUGAUUUGCAACCUAAGGGCUAAGAAGGCAUCCGUCAUGGCUCCCUUCAGUAACUAUGUGGACAUGUUGAAAUGGCUGGCUGAUGUACUGCAAGGGGUGACAGAUCUUGGGGUAGUUAACCUGGACUCCCAGCUAAAGAUCUCAUCCAAAGUGGACUUGGAAGAAUUCAGGGGGCGACUCAGCCAAGCAGAAACAAAGCUAAAUCAAAGUGUCAAAUACGCCUUGACUUUUGUGGACACAGUCUCUUCUGUGAAGGAACGUGUUUAUCCAGCCAUCAGUUUCCUGGUGUUCACCCUUUUUAUAGCCUUGCACAUCAAAAAUUACUGCACUGACAUGACAUACAAAAAUAACUUUAUCAGCAGCAAAUUCAUUCAUUAUGAUGAGAAGCAGAAGGCGGAAGGAAGGCGUCACGUUCUUCCUCUCACCUCAGAGGAGGAGAAGCUUUACCCCUCUCUCCCUUCCCUCCGUCCUACAACCCAGGAAGGAAAAGCUCUGUUGAAAUUUGGCCUUCCAGUCGUGUGCCAUUUAUUUGCUUGGGUUAUUUUUAUAACUGUGGAUGCUUUAUUGUACUGUUUUGUUGCUAUUGUAACCACCAAGCUAUCAGAGAUGGAACCGUUCCAUGUCCCGCUGCUGCUGAGCCUCAAAGGGGUAGCAACUCUAAUUGGAAUACAGUUGGCUGAGGAGAACCACCAAAAGGACUUUUCUUAUUCUGUGACACUGUUUGAGAAGCAGUGCCUCCCCAACCCCAAACCGCUGCUCUACAGCUCAGUGGUUUCGCUGGCUGCCAUUCUGCUGAUCUUGCUCAUUAUGGCCCCAGUGGCGGCCAAGGUGGUCCAGUUCAAGCUCUUGGUGUUUGAGAGAUUCUACUCCAAUGCAGCAGAAGAGAGGAUAAAGUAUCUGCAUGCCAAAAUACUGAGGAAAAGGUUAAGACGUAGGAGGGAAAAGACGCAAAAUGGCAGUUUUAAUUCACUCAUCAGUAAGCCACAUUUCUGGUGUCCAUUGCUUUUCCCAGAAGAGGACAAUGUUGUGUGAAGAAAGUUGUCCGCAUUCAGGAUCCAGGCCCUGCCCAAAUAUUCCCAUCUUGUCCAUUUCAUGGUGACUUCUUAUAAAAACGUCAUGUUCACGCUGAGCAUCGAGUUGACAGCUCCAGCUUUUAGCUCGAUGGGUAGUGCUGCUCAUCUCCCACCUGUUGACCCUGGUUCAAGCCCUGGUCCGGCACAGGCGGCGGACCAGUUGUGUUACCUCGGUGCCAUGACCCGGGUGAGAGCAAAGUUCACAGGGGGAGGAAAACCACGCCAGCAUGCCAGCCCGACAGCAACCUCCCACAUGAUGUUCGCCGACAGCCGCAGACCUAUCUAA